AUGUCAGACGCCUACGAGCGCGAGCGCCAAAAUAACUCCCGGCUAUCAGAACUCUCGGCCAAAGUGACAGCGCUGAGGGGGGUGACGGUUGAUAUAUAUGAUAAUGCGAGGUCGCAGGAUGUUAUUGAUAAUACGUCCGAUACCUUCUCCUCUAUGAGCACCUCUCUAAAAGGGUCCGCGGGACGACUUGGCCGAAUGGCAGCAAGCGGGAACAAAGUGGCCAUAUUCAAACUCGCCGGGAUGAUUGUAGGUACCGUGGUACUGCUCUGGUUUAUAUGGGGGCUUUUUGUUUGA